CCCUCCGCCACGCGCAUGCGCGGCGCAGGGAAGCCUCGCGAGAGGAGGGGGCGGGAGGCGGUGGCGGCGGCUCUGUGUCCCCCUGUGUCCCCCUGUGUCCCCUGGAGUCCCCUGUGUCCCCCUGUGUCACCCCCGCCCCGCCGCCGGGCCAUGGCGGCGCCGCCGGCCUCGCCCGGGCCCCGCGGCCGCUUCGAGCAGGAGCAGGAGCGCGCCGUCCGCGCGCUGGUGCGCUGCGUGACCAGCCUGCCCGAGGAGGAGCUGGGCGGGGAGCGCUUCCAGGCGGCGCUCAGCUUCGCCUGGUCCAACUUCAGGUUUCACCGUUUUCUUGAUGUGAACAGUCAUAAAGUAGAGAGAACAAUAGAAGGAAUACAUGAAAAAUUGGUAAUUCAUUCUGACCUUGGAAAAGCUGCAAGCUGGAAAAGACUAACAGAAAAAUUUCUGAACUUGCCACUUCCAAGUACUGAAGAAACAAAGACAGAUACACACUAUUCCAUACUGUCUCUUCUGUUGUGUUUGUCUGAUUCGCCAUCCAACACCACCUAUGUGGAAAAACCAAGAGUCAAAGAAGUGGAUUCCUUUUUGAAUGAUCUCUGCACAUUCCCUCGGCGGUGUUUUGAAUGCACUUUCAGCCCAUUCCAGGAAUGUGAAUAUGAAGAAGUUAUCUCAAACAACACUAAUUACAAAAAGGAAGAAGAAUUUGAUUGGGGAAAGUAUUUGAUGGAAGGAGAAGAAAUUUACUUUGGCCCAGGUGUAGAUACACCAGAUUGGUCUGGAGAAAGUGAAGAGGAAGAGGACACUCAGCCCUUGAGUAGAGAGGACUCAGGUAUUCAGGUAGACAGGACACCUUUAGAAGACCAAGAUCCAAAUAAGAAGACAGUACCUAAUGCUGCCUGGAAAGUUGCUGAGCCUGAUGCCCGCAGCUGGCUGGAGCAGCACGUAGUUCCUCAGUACUGGACAGGAAGGGCUCCUCGCUUUUCACAUAGUUUGCACUUGCAUUCCAACCUGGCUGCAGUCUGGGACCACCAUUUGUACACCAGUGAUCCUUUGUAUGUGCCAGAAGAGAGGACGCUGGUCACAGAAACCCAGGUUAUACGAGAAACUCUUUGGCUACUUUCAGGAGUGAAAAAGCUUUUUAUAUUUCAGCUGAAUGAUGGAAAAGUGACUGUGCGGAAUGAUAUUAUUGUAACUCAUUUAACCCAUAAUUGCCUGAGAUCUGUAUUAGAGCAGAUAGCAGCAUAUGGUCAAGUUGUAUUUAGACUACAGAAGUUUAUUGAUGAAGUGAUGGGACACAGCCCAGAAAGCAUAAUGCAUGGAACAGUUUCCACUCCAAAGAAGACUACUGAAGCCCCAUUCAGAACCUACCAAGCUUUUAUGUGGGCUUUGUAUAAAUAUUUCAUUAGCUUUAAAGAAGAACUUACUGAAAUUGAAAAAUGCAUAAUCAACAAAGAUAAGACAGUCACACUUUCAAUAGUAAUAGAUAAGUUGUCUCCCAGACUGGCACAGCUGAAGGUACUUCACAAGGUGUUCAGCACAGGAAUAGCAGAAGUGCCACCUGACACAAGAAAUGUUGUACGAGCAUCUCAUCUGCUUAAUACCCUGUACAAAGCUAUUCUUGAAUAUGACAGUGUUGGAGAGGCAUCUGAGCAAACGGUAUCACUUUUGUUCUCUCUCUGGGUUGAAACUGUGAGGCCAUACUUACAGACAGUGGAUGAGUGGAUAGUCCAUGGUAAUUUGUUUGAUCCUGCAAAGGAAUUUAUUAUUCAGAGAAACAAAAACGUUCCAGUUAAUCACAGAGAUUUUUGGUAUGCUACCUACACAUUAUAUAGUGUGUCAGAAAAGACAGAGAAUGAAGAGAAGAUGAGUGAUAAUGCCAGUGCCAGUUCUGGCAGUGAUCAGGCCCCUUCAAGCAGACAGCACACAAUGGUUUCUUUUCUGAAACCUGUGCUAAAGCAAAUUAUCAUGGCUGGAAAAUCCAUGCAGCUGUUGAAGAACCUUCAGUGCAAAGAUGGUUCCCAUCAGCAGGCUGCAUCAAGAGAUGCUGAACGGAAGAGUUUAUACACACUGUUCUUGGAAUCAGUACAGUCUCGCUUGCGGCAUGGGGAGGAGUCUGUUCCAGACAUUAUUACAGAACAGCAGGCCACAAAGCAGAGCCUGAUAAAGAUGCAGUCCAUAGCAGAAAGACACUUGGAACUGGAUGAUGUCCAUGACCCACUGCUGGCUAUUAAUUUUGCCAGAUUGUAUUUGGAACAGAGUGACUUUCAUGAGAAGUUUACUGGUGGGGAUGUCUGUGUGGAUAGAUCCUCAGAAUCUGUGACCUGCCAGACUUUCGAACUGACACUGAGGUCUUGUCUUUAUCCUCACAUAGACAAGCAGUACUUGGAAUGCUGUGGGAAUUUGAUGCAAACUUUAAAGAAGGAUUAUAGGCUUGUGGAAUAUUUGCAGGCAAUGAGAAAUUUUUUCUUACUUGAAGCUGGAGAUACUAUGUAUGACUUCUAUACAUCUAUUUUUGACAAAAUUAGAGAAAAGGAAACUUGGCAGAAUGUUGCUUUCUUGAAUGUUCACCUACAAGAAGCAGUUGGUCAACGCUAUCCAGAAGACAGUGCAAGGUUAUCAAUAUCGUUUGAAAGUGGUGAUACAGCAAAGAAGAAACUCCCUGUCCACACCUUAGAUGGUUUGACAUUGAGUUACAAGGUUCCUUGGCCUGUGGAUAUAGUUAUAAGCUUAGAAUGCCAAAAAAUUUACAAUCAAGUUUUUCUGCUCUUACUGCAAAUAAAGUGGGCCAAGUAUAGUCUAGAUGUUCUACGAUUUGAUGAAUUAGUCUCUGCUGCAGAAAACUCAGAGGUUAAGGAAGGAACUUCAUUAGAACAAGGAACACUUCCUGUAUUUGGACCACAAAAAGAAAGCAUAAAACAACAAAUACAUCGCAUGUUCCUCUUAAGAGUGAAACUUAUGCAUUUUGUCAACAGCCUGCACAACUACAUCAUGACUAGGAUUCUCCACAGUACAGGAUUGGAAUUUCAGCAUCAGGUAGAAGAAGCCAAAGAUUUAGAUCAAUUGAUAAAGAUUCAUUACCGAUAUCUAUCUACGAUUCAUGAUCGCUGCUUAUUGAGAGAAAAGGUGAGCUUUGUGAAGGAAGCUAUAAUGAAAGUGUUAAAUUUAGUAUUGAUGUUUGCAGACCGUUGGCAAGCUGGUUUAGGGGCUUGGAAGAUGGAAUCCAUAGAGAAGAUGGAAUCGGAUUUUAAAAACUGUCACAUGUUUCUUGUAACUGUUCUCAACAAAGCUGUCUGUCGAGGCUCUUUUCCCCAUUUGGAAUCUUUAGCUUUGUCGCUGAUGGCUGGCAUGGAACAAAGUUAACGCCCACUGAAUUAAAGAAGAACUGAUAAGAGGAUUUAUGUUGAAAUUCAGUGUUAAAGAACUGUAAGCAUUUUGCACUUCAGUUUAAAAUGUAUAUAGCUAAAUGUUGCCAGUGUUUUGGAGCUGUGUAAAAUAUUUUAAAAUGUAAAUAAUGUACAGGUAUUUAAGUGUGUUGAUUGGGCAGUGCUUGUAUAGGCUUCAACAUCAAAAACAUGUAUAGUGUAAAAUUCAUUCCAUGUAAACAAUCUUACCUGAAAAUACAUUAAAUCUAAAUCAUGCUGAAAAAAGGAACUUUUUUUUUCUUUAAUUAUGAGUAAUUGAUGGUUUAUUUUUUCCAUUAAUUUUUCAGCUGUGAAUAGGUCACAGGGCAGUGUGGAGUGGUGUGACUCAAAUCUUGGUGUUUAGAAGGUUGGUUAAAUUAAUUUUUGGCCUUAUUUUUUUCCUUUGCAUAAAGGCUAAGAACCAUUACUUAAUGGUUCUUAAGAAAUCUUUAAGAAGACUGUUACAAGAAGCUGAUGUAAAAAAUACAAGAUUAAUUUAUCAAAAUGGAUUAUAGCAGAGCAUAAACCACUAGUAUUUUUUAUGUUAAAUGUUCAAAUGCUUGCUAAUUUUAGUGGUAACUGUGGUCAGUUUAAGUAGGAUUAAGAUGAAAGUGAGAAAUGUAUUAAAUUUAAUUAUUGGAUUGUUGAGAUGUUUCAAAGGUGGUCAGAUAUGACUUGACCUUUAUCCUUCUUCUAAGCCUUUUACGAACGAAUGUUUGCAUCUAAUAGCGAAUCUCCUGUAAAGCAGUAGGUUGUGGUACAGAGUGUACAUUUCUGGACAAGUAAAUGCGAGUAAAUCUUGUUCUGCACGAGAUGACUUGCCCUGUCUCCUCUCCUUUAAAGUUUCUCUGGAAUUGUGACAUCAGUGCACCUGCAUUAAAAGAGAUAAAAUCAGUCAUAGCUAUUUACCUAAUGAAGUUUUUGAAUAAAUAAAAGAUUUGAUAAUUAGAA